AUGCGUGAAGCGAUCUGCAUCCAUAUUGGCCAGGGCGGCGUGCAGAUUGGCAAUGCUUGCUGGGAACUUUUUUGUUUGGAACAUGGUAUUCAACCUGAUGGACAAAUGCCCAGCGACAAGACCAUUGGCGGUGGGGAUGAUGCCUUCAACACGUUCUUUUCGGAGACGGGCGCUGGAAAACACGUGCCUCGCUGCGUGAUGGUCGACUUGGAGCCGACAGUGGUGGAUGAAGUGCGCACGGGCACUUAUCGCCAGCUCUUCCAUCCUGAGCAGUUGAUCUCCGGCAAAGAAGAUGCAGCGAACAAUUUUGCUCGAGGUCAUUACACCAUCGGCAAGGAGAUCGUUGACCUGGUGUUGGAUCGCAUUCGAAAGCUUGCGGACAAUUGCACUGGUCUGCAGGGCUUCUGCGUCUACAACGCAUGCGGUGGAGGUACUGGAUCCGGCUUGGGCUGCCUGAUGUUGGAGCGCUUGUCAGUUGACUACGGCAAGAAGAGCAAGAUCUCUUUCACGGUUUGGUGCUGCCCGCAAGUGGCCACUGCAGUCGUGGAGCCGUACAACACUGUCCUGUGCGUUCAUUCCUUGCUGGAACAUACUGACGUGACCAUCAUGUACGACAACGAGGCAUUGUACGACAUUUGUCGCCGAAACUUGGACAUCGAGCGGCCAACGUAUACCAAUCUCAACCGGUUGAUCGCCCAGAUCAUCUCCAGUUUGACCGCCUCCCUCCGCUUUGACGGUGCUUUGAACGUUGACAUCACCGAGUUCCAGACCAAUUUGGUCCCAUACCCGCGAAUCCACUUCAUGCUCACCUCAUACGCACCGGUGAUCUCUGCGGAGAAGGCAUACCAUGAACAGUUGUCUGUGGCCGAGAUCACGAUGUCAGUGUUUGAGCCAGCCUCCAUGAUGGUGAAGUGUGAUCCCCGUCAUGGCAAGUACAUGGCCUGCUGCAUGAUGUACCGUGGCGAUGUGGUGCCCAAGGACGUGAACGCCGCCGUGGCCACCAUCAAGACCAAGCGCACCAUUCAGUUCGUGGACUGGUGCCCCACGGGCUUCAAGUGCGGCAUCAACUACCAGCCUCCAACGGUGGUGCCUGGCGGAGACUUGGCCAAGGUCAUGCGCGCUUGCUGCAUGAUCUCGAACUCCACGGCCAUUGCAGAGGUCUUCUCUCGUAUUGACCACAAGUUUGACUUGAUGUAUUCGAAGCGUGCCUUCGUGCACCACUAUGUGGGUGAAGGCAUGGAGGAGGGCGAAUUCUCGGAGGCUCGUGAGGACCUGGCAGCCCUGGAGAAGGACUACGAGGAAGUUGGCAUCGAAACAGCCGAAGGUUUUCCUGUUCCUUUUGGGCGGUUCACUUGCUUGGUAGUGAAGAUCAUCAACUCCUUCUCCCACCCUUUGCUGCAAGCCUUCAAGGUGAAGCCGCACGGGGUCUUAGGCAACGCCGAAGGGCAGAAGGAGUUGGCGCCCUUGGCACCCGUCGAGGCCGUGGUGGUGGACCCUGCGGGCUUCCCUUUCAUUGGCUACCGCAACAGCUGUCGUGGUGCCGGGGGCGCGCCAGAGCACCCAAGGCUGAACCUCACUGCGGCACCUGCCAAUGGCCGCUUCCCUCCUGAGGUGGGCGGGGAUCGAGCCGGGAAGUGGAAGCUGAAGGGCGUGCAAAGCUCCACGUCUAUAACGUCAACCAGGUGGUGA